AUGAGCGGACUGACGCUGGGACUCAUGUCAAUGGACAGCAUCGAUUUGGAGGUGCUCAUACGCAGCGGAACACCCACGGAGCAGAAAUAUGCCAAGAGGAUCGCACCAGUGCUCAGCAGGCCGCACCUGCUGCUGGUCACGCUGCUGCUGGUGAAUGCAGCUGCCAUGGAGGCGCUGCCAAUCUUCCUGGAUCGGCUCCUCAGCCCAGUUGCCGCCAUUAUUCUGUCAGUGACUGCUGUCCUGUUCUUUGGUGAGAUAAUUCCUCAGGCGCUGUGCACCAGGUAUGGGUUGGCGAUCGGGGCAUACUCGGCCUGGUUUGUGCGCGCCCUGAUAUUUGCAGUGGGCAUUAUCUCCUACCCCAUCUCCAAGGUCCUGGACUAUCUUCUGGGCAGCGAGCAUGGGGCGCUGUUCCGGCGUGGGCAGCUGAAGGCGCUGGUGGACAUUCACAGCGAGGUGGACGGCAUAGGUGGCGGUUACCUGAGCGCUGAAGAGAUCAACAUCAUUCGGGGCGCCCUCGACAUGACCGAGAAGAAAGCUGUUGUCGGCAUGACACCCCUUGACAAGGUGUUCAUGCUGUCGGCUGACACGGAGCUGAAUGUGGCCACAAUGCGCUCAGUGCUGGGCUCCGGCCACAGCCGCGUCCCCGUGCACCGCCCGGGAAACAGGCGGGAUGUUUUGGGGCUCAUCAUAGUGAAGGAGCUGGCGCUGUUGGAUCUGGAGGCGGGUACGCGCGUCAGCGAUGUCAAGAUGCGGCCGCUGCCCAUGCUGCGCGCAGACACCGCCAUGUACGAUUUGCUGACCUUGUUCCAGACGGGGCGCAGCCACAUGGUGGUGCUGACAGCGCCCCCCGCUCCCCCCCAGACGGUGGUGGGGGUCCCGGUCGGCGGUGCGCCGGAUGACCCGGUGGGCAUCAUCACCAUAGAGGACGUGCUGGAAGAGUUGCUGCAGCAGGAGAUUGUGGACGAGACCGACCAGUUUGUCGACAACAUGCGCAUGCAGAAGGUGAAUGCUGCCGUACUGCUGAAGGCGCUGCCGCCGCACCUACGCAACUUGAUGGUCACGCGCAACUCGGCCAACGUCACCGGCGGCUCCGGCUCCGCGGCAGCCGCGCGAGCCGCCUUCAAUCAACAGGCCCAAAACACCAACCUGCAGGCAAGUUACUUGCCCCACAUUCCCAACCUUUCACAUGUAUAUCCCUACAGUCGUGAAUGCUGUUGA